AUGAGAGAUAUAAGGAAUUUAGUGCAUGGGUUGAAACCAGCUCUGAUGAUGUUGAUGGUGCAGAUUGCAUUUGCUUCGGUAAAUGUGCUCUACAAAGUUGCUAUCAACGAUGGAAUGAGUGUGAGAGUGCUUACUGCUUACCGUCUCAUUUUUGGAGCAGCUUGCACUGUUCCACUUGCUCUUAUUUUUGAAAGGAAAAACAGACCAAAGCUGACUUGGAGAGUGAUUUUUAUGUCAUUCUUUUGUGGCCUAUUUGGGGGAAGUUUAUUUCAAAACCUUUAUUUCGAGUCCUUGGCAUUGAUUUCAGCAACAUUUGCUUCAGCUGUUUAUAAUCUCAUCCCUGCCGUCACUUUUAUCUUAGCCGUCUCCUGCGGUUUCGAAAAAUUAAAUAUGCGAACGUCGGCGGGCAAGGCUAAGGUGUUAGGAACCAUAACAGGAAUUGGCGGCGCAAUGAUGCUGACCUUUCUAAAGGGUAUAGAAAUUAACAUCUGGACCUUCCACAUUAACCUUUUGCAUGAAAAGGGUCCCACUGGUGCACUAAAUGGCGACUCUGGUAGUAAAUUGUUGGGUGUAUUUUGUGGCCUUGGAAGCUGCUUCUGUUUUGCAUUAUGGCUCAUCAUUCAGGCUAAGAUGAGCAAAGAAUACCCAAGUCAAUACUCAAGCACAGCUUUGAUGUCCUUAAUGGGGGCAAUUCAAAGCACUGUUUUUGCCCUUUGUGUUGAGAAGGAUUGGAGCCAAUGGCGACUGGGUUGGAACAUUAGGCUUCUAACUGCAGCAUAUUCGGGAAUUGUGGCCUCUGGAAUAAUGAUUGUUGUAAUUGCAUGGUGUGUGAGGAUGAGAGGCCCAUUGUAUGCGUCUGUUUUCAAUCCUCUUAUGCUUGUGCUUGUGGCCAUUGCUGGCUCCUUGAUGUUGGAUGAGAACCUAUACUUAGGAAGUGUAAUUGGAGCAGUGCUAAUUGUGAUUGGAUUGUACAUGGUGUUGUGGGGUAAGAGCAAAGAAAUAAAAAGGGUGACUCACUUAGAAAUCACUCCAGAAUUUCAAGAAAUUGAGGUGGUUGUCGCGUCUAAUGCGGUGGAUCAUGAUAAAGGUAACUGCAACAACAACAACAGCCACACCAACAGUGGGAGCAAUUCUGUUGACAAGGAUGAUGAUAAUUCAUCGAAAAGUGAACACAAAGUACAAGACACCGAAAAUAAAGGAAAAGAAGAAAUGGGUUCAAGUGAAAUCUCCAAGGCCUAA